CUGUCCCUUUAACACGAGCACGUGGUAUCUGCAAACAUCCGGUUUAAGAAAAUGGAAAUAAGAUUGCAUCAAUGUUUUGACACACAGCUUUGACGCACGGAUUCUUGCUAAACUAUGGAGGCAGGCAGCCUCGUCUCAUGCCGAGAGGACAUUUCUUCGCUGUUUCCUGAGCAUACGCCGGGUGCCAAAUAUAAAGAUUUAAGCAGCCAGUUUUCCACCGUCAGACAAGUGCGCGGAGAUGGAAACUGCUUCUACAGAGCCCUGUGCUUCGCACACUUGGAGUCAGUCUUACACAAUGCCAGGGCUUUGCAGAGAUUUAAGGAGAAAAUUGUUCAAACCUGCGAAGACUUCUCUUCUGCGGGAUUUGAUGAGAGUUCCUUCAAGCACCACCUGAACACAGUUGUUAAUGUUGUGGAGCAGUGCCAGGCUGAAGAGCAGGAAGACACGCUGCUCAGGCUCUUCAAUGAGCAGAUGACGUCUGACAGCGUGGUGCAGUACCUCAGACUGCUCACUUCAGCUCACCUGCAAAACCAGGCAGACUUCUUCUGCAACUUUGUGGAGGCACCCAAUCUAUUAGUCUACUGUCAUCAAGAAGUGGAGGUCAUGGCGAUGGAGUGUGAUCAUGUGGACAUCUUAGCUCUGUCACAGGCUCUGGAUAUUUGCAUCCACAUCGUCUCUAUGGAGGGUGAUGAACAGGAGUUGGCUCACCACGUCAUACCCGAGGGUGCUGAACCCUCCCUGCACCUCCUCUACCAAACGUCACAUUAUAACAUUCUCUACCCACGACCUCGACACUGACCGGAGAUCCACGAAGACUCAGCUCAACUCAGGGAUAUUGACUUUGGUUAAAUAAAAUCCCAACUGGGCUUUUUUAUUAUUUUUUUUAUAAAGUCUUGCAGUGUACAGCGAUUCAACAACAUUUGAAAAUAAAUUUUUUUUGCACAUUGUGCAAUAAGUAUUAAAUGAAUUAUGUAAAAACAAUUACAUAAAUCCUGUCAAAGAUGGUCUCUAAAUACACAUUCCAUUAACAUGUCACUGUUGCUGCUGUUCUUUCUUCUGCUUCUUUGACUUCGGUUUCUUCUCCUGUAUUGAAACCUUGGUGAGGGCACUUUCUCUUCCAGCUAGAGGCAUGUGAGGCAGGGAGAGCUUUCCCAUUUGAGUGGGGUACCUGGUCUUUAUCAAAUUCUUGAAUACAGGCUGGGAGAUCAGAUGCUUCAAAUGCUUUUUCAUCCCCUUCACCAUCUUCUGCUGCUCUCUGUCCCCUUCCUCAUCCCCAGCUCUGCCUGUAGACAUAGAUGGCAUAUUCACUUGUCUGUAUUUGAACAUUUUUAAAUAAAGGGAACCUAUUACAAGA